CGAUUGCUUGCUUUUCUCAGUGCCAUGCAUCUUCACUUCCACAGAUAUAGAGUUCAGCAUAUAUUGUAUAUAUUCGACACGCGGUGACCCAUUAUAUCACUCAAAGUACUCUACAAAGGCCUCAACCACCAUGAACAUCCAUGUUUCUAUUGUCACCAUGGUUCUUUCAGCCACCGUAAUCAUCAUCGUUACCAAUACCGAGCAUGCCACCCUGCCUAUCACACUUGUCAGCCUCCAACCCAUCCAAUUAUUGCUGGUGGCAUGUCUCCUUGCUGGUGUGGUCCUUCUUGCCGGUGUGGCCGGUGUAUACAUGAAGAACCACCCCGUAGCAUAUACCUCGUUGACUAUGCCUGCUAUUAUGCCAGCCCAACCUGUCGUCUCCCCAUUUCCAGUUUAUAGAGCAUUGCAAGCUCAUGCCAUCAUUCUAUGAUGAUCGUCACUACUACAAUAAAGGUUUGUAGGGGCGGAUAAAAACGUAUUUUUAGGGGCGGAUAGAAAAUCCGUGGCAAGUUCUCGCUGCUAAAAAUACCCCUUUUUCAGGGACGGAAAAAAGAACCUGCCCCUAAAAAUUCAUUUCCAGGGGCGGGCCACCCCCUCAACCGCCCUUGGAAAUGCAUUUGCCCUCAACUGCCCCUGGAAAUGCAUUUGUAGGGGCGGUCCACAAGCCCACCCGCCCCUACAAAUGAUUUUCUCGCCAAUAAUUUUUCAAAUUUGAAAGUUUCAAUUAUGUUUUCCCCUAUUUUUUGCAAUUUGCCACCAAUUCAAUUCAUUCAAUGUAGUAGGCGAUCCAAACAUAGAAUAUAUUCAGUAAAUAAAAAUUCUUACGCAUACAAAAUUAAAUUAUAUGAAAACUAAACAUCAUUACAUUACAAAUUGUUAAAAUGUAUAUUGAAUACAUGUUUUUCUCCUAAUCCUCCCUAGGACCACUACUUGUGGCGGCACAGUGCUGUUGGUUCUCCCAUUCACGAAGCCCAAUGUAUUUAUCUUCUGUUGCCAAAUCUUGUACUUCAUAGAAAAAUUUGCCCCUCCAUUGACCACUUCAUGCAUAAUGAAACGGCACAAAUCGUCGACUACAUUUAGAAGUUGUUUCUCGUGGAGCUGGCUACCGUGUUCUUCAGGAUGAAUAUGCAAUUAUGGAAAUUAUGGUAAAAUUAUGCAAGUGUUAGUGAUAGUAAAAAAAAUUGUGUAGACAUAUGCAUAUAACCCUAAUAAAGAGUAGCCCCUUACACGUUCUGGAUCUGUAGUAUAUCUCCCUUGCUGCCUCAUAUUCUCGCACAUGUAGUACCCACAGUACACCGAACUUGCGGGUUGCUUGUGGCACGGGAAUCUUGUGCGCAAAGUCAUUUCACUAGGUUUGUCGGCAGGAUGAGCUCCUCCUUUACGAAUGUAGAACUUGUAAGCCCUGUUUUAAAAUGAAUGAAAAAAUAAAUGAAAGUUAAUUUAUAUAUGUAUAUUUCUCUAGAGAAAUAAACAUGAUGUGCACGGGAAAGAUAAAAAGAAAUUCACUCACAAUUGUAUAAUUUUUAAGAAUUCUUCAUAACGCUUGGUUGACCAAUCCAAGGAGUCGAAAACUAGAAUUUUUUCGAGCUUUGGUUGUAUAAGGAAAGCAAUCCAGUGAUUUCUGAGGAAAAAAAUAUUAUGUACAUUUUGUAGGCAUGGAUCGGAGCAAUGGUUUAUUAUGAAAUGGUCGAUAUUAGACUUACUGGAUGUGGUAUGGAGCAUAUAUGACAUCCAUGUCUUCCCAUCACGUCAUCAUAAGCGAUUUGUAGGCCGCAACAUUUGUGAUGGUCUCGUCAUGAAAUUUUUUUUGUUCCUUUUGUUUUUCCUUCUUGGUUGGAAAUGGCUUUAGGUAGUCAUCAGUGUCCGGCAUCUAUUUUGGCGAGGCGUGUGCAGCCUCGCAAAUCGCAGCAGGGUCAAGCAUUCGAGGCAGCAAUGAUCGAGCAAUUGAAGUUGGGUUCGGUGAUCGAGUCCGUGGUGCAUGUAGUGAUGGCUCUUGUGUUGGUGAUACUCUGGUCUGUGGUGAUGGCUCUCGUAGUUGUGGUGAUACAGGGGCCUAUGGGGAUGGCUCUCGUGAUUGUGGUGAUAUGGGGGCUUGUGGGGAUGGCUGUUGCGGUGGCGGUGAUACGGGGCCUUGUGGGGAUGGUUGUUGUGGUGGUGGUGAUACGUCGGCCUGAGGGGAUGGCUCUUGUUGUGGUGGUGAUACGAGACCUUGUGGGGGUGGUUGUUGUGGUGGUGGUAAUACGUCGGCCUGAGGGGAUGAGUGUUGGGAAAUUGGAGCCGCUGGUGAUGGGUGAGCCUGAGGUGUUGGCUCUUGUGAAAAUGGAGCAGCUGGUGAUGCCUCUCGUGGUUCUGUUGAUGACAGGGCCUAAGUAGCCAAAGGUACCUGAUCAACCAGUAAGAUAUCUCGUUUAUGUCAUAGGAUGGUGGUACCAACACAUUCUCCAAGGCAACUCUUUCCAUUUGCAGUGGGGAAAUCUAUCUCGUUAUCCUCAUAGAUUGAUUUUAAGAGUUUCUCUACUUGUACGCAUGCAUAUCCGAUGGGGAUCGGUUUUCCCUCAAAUAAACCCCUAGCUGGAUGCACCUGGGCCUUGGCUACUUCCUUUGUCUUUCCAACCCUGCCGAUCGGAUAUAGCAACAAGCAAGGAGUAAUAGUCAUUAUCGUAUCCACCAGAUACUGCAGAGCUGUGGUCGAAGCGACACUACUUUGUGCACAUGCCGAACUCGCUUGGCCAAGUACUGGUGGGGGCAUGACCACCAUCUAUUGCUGCCCCACCUCUUGGGAGACAGGAAUCAUAAGUCGGCCCGACUGCUGCUGCUCCGCGAGAGUUGCAAAAAAUAAAUCCUUGAACCUUGCUUCCAUUGCACUCUCUGCUGCUGCCACGAUUUCUUCUUUAUAGUGGUCAUGGCUCCUAUACCUAGCCCGGUCCUUCUCGGACCCAUCUCUGAUGCUCAACUUAGAGGACAUACCUCUAACACGGCCUCCAUGCUCUUUAGACCCAAUGGCUGUACUGAGCACAUCCACCUCCCUGUUGGGUUUGAACUCUCCUUUUUUUGUAGUUUGGCAAGUUUUAACAUUCUUUCUGCCACCGCUUCCAUCUCAGGUUGAUCAAAUUUUGGUUUUCCUUCAACUAUCUUUGGCUUUCUUGCUUCAAGCCACUACCAUCCAUGGUCGUCCAAUCCAUCAUAAGGGUCGGGUUGGCCGGCAGCUAUUGCCGCCUCUCUUUGACGCCUCCACUGGUCGAUCUUCCUUUGGUACCCACCUGGCCCAAGACGGACUUUAUGUAUGUUGCUCUUUGCUAAUUUAGUCUGCUUCUGGCUUAGGGCUAUAGCCUCUUCUGUAGUCUUCUGCCGAACAAACUCUUCCCAUUGUGCUGGUGUGAUGCCCCCGUAAUCUGCGAAUGGCGUUCCACCCUUUUGGACAUACCGUGUAUUCAGUUCGCUCUUCCACCGGCAGAAUGUUUCACCCAGCAUCUUCAUAGCAUAAUGCCUAACUUGUUCUCUAGUUCCUCUGGGCAGAAUAAAAGUUCUGCUCAACAAUUGCCACAUCACUUCUUUUCUCCCCUCAGGAACAAGGGGCCAACUUGGGAUCGUUGGAUCCAAAACCAUCUUUGUCCUUAUUAUAGCACCGAUAGCAUUCCGAAACUUUGCAACAAUCUGCGGAGGUUCUAUGGCCUCUCCUACCGUGCUAAUUACAUUAACAGUAAAUUGCCUUUUAGGGUACUGGUUUCUGCCUCGCUGACCCCGUUUCCUUUUGUUUUGUACGUCAGAGGCUGUACUUGCAGGUUCGGGGCCCAAGCUUUUAUUGUCUUCCUCUGUGGGGCUAGGGGCUUGGCGUCAGUGCUUACCCCUUCCUGUCCGCGCCUGCAUGGUUCAUGAUUCAUCAAGUCCUAAUGCGUAGUCUAUGAAAAUGUAUGGAAUUGCUUCAUUGUAAUUUGUCGUGUUUUCAUUACUUGUUGUUCCGGUUCAUAAUCCGAAUCAAGCGCCUCCAUUGAACGA